UGUCUGGGGCUCGGCUGAGGCGGCGUUCGCGUCCCGCGCGCACCCGCUCCGCGUUCUCCAGCCAAUCCGCCGCUACUCGCGCGCCCAGGAGCGUUCCUCCGUCCUUCUCGGGCUGGGCCGCCUCCUUCCCGCUCCCAGUACUCUGCAACCCGAGCUCUCACACCUCCCCUCACUCUCCACGAGUUCCACGCCUCGCGGUGUAGCUCCGCCCCUGUCCCCGAGUCCGCCCCCGCAACCCUCCGAGCGUGUGCACUCCUUUCCCUUCACUCUCCUGCUAUCUAGCCGGUCUCGGUCUCGCUCCCCGCAGAGCGGUCUGGGUCUCAGCGGCCUCUUCGGACGCCUCCGCGCGCUCUCCCCCUGCGGCCCGCCCCCCGACCCCUCUACCGCAGCUAGCCUCCUCCGACCUGGACGCGGAGUCGCGCGCUCUGACUCCGCCCCCCCCCCACCGCGGACUCGCGCACUCCCGGCCGGGCCUCUCCCCCGCGCAGGCCGCGGAGCGCCCGGCCGCCUCCCCCUCCUUGCCCGGUCGCCGCGAGCUCCCCGGGCUCUCUCGCUCUCGCGCUCUCCGAGGCGAGCGCGCUCCCGGCCCGCGCGCUCCGGGCUCCGGCUUCUCCCGGCUCCUGUCAGUGCGGUGACUGCGCUGGGAAACAUGGCGACCGAGGGAAUGAUCCUCACUAACCACGACCAUCAAAUCCGUGUCGGAGUCCUCACAGUGAGUGAUAGUUGCUUCAGGAAUCUUGCAGAAGAUCGCAGUGGGAUAAAUCUCAAAGAUCUCGUACAAGAUCCUUCUUUGUUGGGUGGGACUAUAUCAGCAUACAAGAUAGUACCAGAUGAAAUAGAAGAAAUCAAGGAAACCCUGAUAGAUUGGUGUGAUGAAAAGGAACUUAAUUUGAUAUUAACAACUGGAGGAACAGGGUUUGCACCACGAGAUGUCACUCCAGAGAAAUUCCCAACAUUCCCAUUUUGUGGGCUCCAGAAAGGGGCCACAAAAGAAGUAAUAGAACGGGAAGCGCCAGGGAUGGCCCUGGCAAUGCUGAUGGGAUCACUUAAUGUUACACCUCUGGGCAUGCUCUCUAGGCCUGUAUGUGGAAUCAGAGGUAAAACUCUCAUAAUUAACCUGCCAGGUAGCAAGAAAGGAUCUCAGGAAUGCUUUCAGUUUAUACUGCCAGCUCUACCUCAUGCCAUUGACCUUUUACGUGAUGCCAUUGUAAAAGUAAAGGAAGUGCAUGAUGAACUUGAAGAUUUACCUUCCCCACCACCUCCUCUUUCCCCUCCUCCCACAACUAGCCCCCAUAAGCAGACAGAAGACAAAGGGGUUCAAUGUGAGGAAGAGGAAGAAGAGAAGAAAGACAGUGGUGUUGCUUCAACAGAGGAUAGUUCUUCAUCACAUAUAACUGCAGCAGCCAUUGCUGCCAAGAAGCAUCCAUUCUACACCAGUCCAGCUGUUAUCAUGGCACACGGUGAGCAGCCCAUUCCUGGUCUCAUCAAUUAUUCCCAUCAUGCAACAGACAGUACAGAUGAACGGAUUCCAGAUUCCAUCAUUUCUCGUGGUGUUCAGGUGCUCCCACGAGACACAGCCUCCCUCAGCACUACUCCUUCAGAAUCGCCUCGUGCUCAGGCUACAUCUCGCCUUUCUACAGCUUCCUGCCCAACACCAAAAGUCCAGUCCAGGUGCAGCAGCAAGGAGAACAUUCUCAGAGCCAGUCACAGUGCUGUCGAUAUCACCAAGGUGGCUAGAAGACACCGCAUGUCUCCUUUUCCUCUAACAUCUAUGGACAAAGCCUUCAUCACAGUCCUGGAGAUGACUCCGGUGCUUGGGACAGAAAUCAUCAACUACCGAGAUGGAAUGGGGCGAGUCCUUGCUCAAGAUGUGUAUGCAAAAGACAACCUACCCCCCUUUCCAGCAUCAGUAAAAGAUGGCUAUGCUGUCCGAGCUGCCGAUGGCCCAGGAGAUCGUUUCAUCAUUGGGGAAUCCCAAGCCGGUGAACAGCCGACUCAGACAGUAAUGCCAGGACAAGUCAUGCGGGUUACAACAGGUGCUCCAAUCCCCUGCGGUGCUGAUGCAGUAGUACAAGUAGAAGAUACCGAACUAAUCAGGGAAUCCGAUGAUGGCACUGAGGAACUUGAAGUACGAAUUCUGGUGCAAGCUCGGCCAGGCCAAGAUAUCAGACCCAUCGGCCAUGACAUUAAAAGAGGGGAAUGCGUUUUGGCCAAAGGAACCCAUAUGGGCCCCUCAGAGAUUGGUCUUCUGGCAACUGUAGGCGUCACAGAGGUGGAAGUUAAUAAGUUUCCAGUUGUUGCAGUCAUGUCAACAGGGAAUGAGCUGCUAAAUCCUGAAGAUGACCUCUUACCAGGAAAGAUUCGAGACAGCAAUCGUUCAACCCUCUUAGCAACAAUUCAGGAACAUGGUUACCCCACAAUCAACUUGGGAAUUGUGGGAGACAACCCAGAUGACUUACUCAAUGCCUUGAAUGAGGGUAUCAGUCGUGCUGAUGUCAUCAUCACAUCAGGGGGUGUAUCCAUGGGGGAAAAGGACUAUCUCAAGCAGGUGCUGGACAUUGAUCUUCAUGCUCAGAUCCAUUUUGGCAGGGUUUUUAUGAAACCAGGCCUGCCAACAACAUUUGCAACCUUGGAUAUUGAUGGUGUAAGAAAAAUAAUCUUUGCACUACCAGGGAAUCCUGUGUCAGCCGUGGUCACCUGCAACCUCUUUGUUGUGCCUGCACUGAGAAAGAUGCAGGGCAUCUUGGAUCCUCGGCCAACCAUCAUCAAAGCCAGGUUAUCAUGUGAUGUAAAACUGGAUCCUCGCCCAGAAUACCAUCGCUGUAUAUUGACUUGGCAUCACCAAGAACCACUGCCUUGGGCACAGAGCACAGGUAAUCAGAUGAGCAGCCGUCUGAUGAGCAUGCGCAGCGCCAAUGGCUUGUUGAUGCUACCUCCAAAGACAGAGCAGUACGUGGAACUCCACAAGGGCGAGGUGGUGGAUGUCAUGGUCAUUGGACGGCUAUGAUGGUCCCAGAGGGAGAAAGCUUUGAUGCAUGUCCACAUAUCAUUGACUGUAUCCUGUAAUAUGCAACGGCACAGCUAGUUUUUCUGAUCUGGAUAAAAGUUGAUCUGUAUAGUCAACAUCUUGAACUAUAUUUCAAAAGAAUUUAAAUACCUUUUAAAGAAAAAACACCUAAAAAUAAAUCUUAACAGACAACUCUAUUCUGAUUAUAUCAAAGCAAAUUUUUUCUUUCUUGCAAAUUGCUUUGUGUGUUCAAUGCUAGGUCUGAUAGCGAUAGCUUUUAGUAGACAGCAGUAGGUGCCUGCAGAACUUGUGUUUUUCUCAUCUUUAAAAUACAACUAAUUAUGCUCUUAAUCAAGGCUGUCUGCUUAUUUAUACUAGCGUAGGCAACACUUGGAUUUCCCUUCUUAGUAUGCUUCAUAACCGCUUUUCAGAGAGCUUUUGCUUGUUCUUUAUCAUGUAUCGUGUUUAUGUGCACAGUGCCAACAGAAGAGCGACCGGGUGGAGGCCCAGCCCUGCUGCAGGGAGCACCCUCACCUGCAGAGCGCCCGGGAGGCGCCUCACCCCGGUAGCCUCAUGGCACAGUACUCUGGGGCGGUAACUGGAUACCUUUUAUUUGAAUAAACAAACUGGGGGAAAAAAUGCUUCCUUAAGUGCUGACAGCCUUUUUAACCAAUACAUUUAAAAUUGUACAGAACAAAAAAUAAAAUCAAAGACUGAUCUUGUACAGAUAUUAGUGUUACCAGCAUUCAUGUGGAAAUCAAGAGCAAAGAAAAAAUAAUGUUAAACAACUCUGUACCAUAACAUUUUCUGUAAUGAUACUGAAA